GGCAUUAACUGUAUAAGUGCACUUUAUUCCAGCAACCCCCCCAGCAAACUCGUCCUGCUUCGAGUGUGCAUCUGACUAUGAAUGUGUGUAUGAUCCAAGCUGGGUUUGCGAUGGUGACUAUGAUUGCUUUUACGGAGAGGAUGAAUUGAACUGCACAGCAACCCCCCCAGCAAACUCGUCCUGCUUCGAGUGUGCAUCUGACUAUGAAUGUGUGUAUGAUCCAGGCUGGGCUUGCGAUGGUGACUAUGAUUGCUUUAACGGAGAGGAUGAAUUGAACUGCACAGGUACUACUACGGCUAGUCCAACCAAUGACACGAUUUCAGUUUCAGCGGUUAACCUGACUGUUGGAGAAACGCGGUCAAUUUCAUCACCAAACUAUCCUCAUGAGUAUCCAAACAACGCCUAUUAUACUUGGUACAUCACGGCUCCAUCAAACUACUCUGUGAUCAUCACAUUCAUAGCAUUUAAUCUGGAAUCUUGCUGUGACCAUCUGAGCAUAGGGAAUGGUCAUACACCUGGGAACUUGGCGGUAAAAACUUUCUCAGGACAAGAUAUACCAGCUUCUUUGAGAUUGUACAGUUCUAAUAGUUGGAUGCGAUUCACCAGUGACGGUUCAGUCACGCAUCAGGGAUUCCAACUGCAGCUAACAGUGAUCCCUAGAUCUUUAGCGACCCUCCCAGCAAACUCAUCCUGCUUCGAGUGUGCAUCUAACUUUGAAUGUGUGUAUGAUCCAAGCUGGGUUUGCGAUGGUGACUAUGAUUGCUUUAACGGAAAGGAUGAAUUGAACUGCACAGCAACCCCCCCAGCAAACUCGUCCUGCUUCGAGUGUGCAUCUGACUAUGAAUGUGUGUAUGAUCCAAGCUGGGUUUGCGAUGGUGACUAUGAUUGCUUUUACGGAGAGGAUGAAUUGAACUGCACAGGUACUACAACCAAUGACACGAUUUCAGUUUCAGCAGUUAACCUGACUGUUGGAGAAACGUGGUCAAUUUCAUCACCAAACUAUCCUCAUGAGUAUCCAAACAACGCCUAUUAUACUUGGUACAUCACAGCUCCAUCAAACUACUCUGUGAUCAUCACAUUCAUAGCAUUUAAUCUGGAAUCUUGCUGUGACCAUCUGAGCAUAGGGAAUGUUCAUACACCUGGGAACUUGAUGGUAAAAACUUUCUCAGGACAAGAUAUACCAGCGUCUUUGAGAUUGUACAGUUCUAACAGUUGGAUGCGAUUCACCAGUGACGGUUCAGUCACGCAUCAGGGAUUCCAACUGCAGCUAACAGUGAUCCCUAGAUCUCUAGGGUGCGGCAAUGACUCUUUCACAUGUAUCAACAACAAUUGCGUUCUGAAUUCUCUAACUUGUGACGGUUACAAUGAUUGUGGUGACUUUUCUGAUGAGGAGUAUUGUCCACCCUGUGUUCCUCUAGAGAAUAUAGGUGAAUGUGGACAAUUACCGUAUGACAGAACAUACUUCUCGAAUCAGUAUUCUCCAAAUUCUCCUCAGGCAGUUCUUUCUUACAAUUUUAUUAUACACAGUUUACAAGGUUGUCAUCCCAGAGCCAUCGACCUUGCAUGCAACUUACUGUUUCCUGAAUGCAUCCAUCAAGGACCUACAAAUCGCCCAUGCUACUCAGAUUGUGUGAAUAUUACAGCACACUGUAGAGACCUCUUUGAGCAGCACUCAAACAUGUCUUGGCCAGUGAACUGCAAAGACUUUACAGAUAAAGGGAGAACACCUGAUGGUUACUGCCAGGGAGCCACAGGAGCACUCAUGUUCAUCAUGCUGUGA